AUGGUUUCUUUGACACGGGACGUAGAUCAUCCGGCCUACUCUCUGAGUGUUGAGCAGAUGCGUCGAGUCAAGCGUCGACUCACCAAUCUCCACUUCUGUUGGGCACACCGUCGACUAGUCUCUCUUUUUCAUCCGAAAGACAGACUCGGAGGAGUGACCGACUGUGACGGAACGACCAAAGCACCACAGAGGAAGAGAUCUUAA